CCGCCCGUGCAGUAUGAUUGAUUGCUCUGGCAUUCUAUCUCUAUAAGAAGGGUAGUGCAAGAUAUGGAUAUAUACUCGGUGAAAUAAACAUCUUCCUCUCCCCCAUUCUCAGUUGAAGAUGGCAAAGUGUACUUCGCCUAUACUCUUAAUCCUCCUACUAAACUUUGGUACAUUGCUCACUUCUCUUGCUUUACCUUACUGUCCUCCUCCCGAAUACCCACCAAAGUUCCCACCCCAACCACCACAUGUUAAACCACCAGUAAAACCACCACAUGUUAAGCCUCCAGUGAAGCCACCCCAUGUUAAACCACCAGUAAAACCACCCCAUGUUAAGCCUCCAGUGAAGCCACCCCAUGUUAAGCCACCAGUAAAACCACCACAUGUUAAGCCUCCAGUGAAGCCACCCCAUGUUAAACCACCAGUAAAGCCACCCCAUGUUAAGCCACCAGUAAAGCCACCGCACGUUAAGCCACCAGUAAAGCCACCCCACCCACCCAAACCUCCAGUAUAUCCCCCCAAGCCACCAGUAUAUCCCCCCAAACCUCCAGUAUAUCCACCCAAACCUCCAGUAUAUCCACCCAAACCACCAGUAUAUCCACCCAAGCCACCUGUACUUCCACCCAAGCCACCAGUAUAUCCUCCCAAACCACCUGUACUUCCACCCAAGCCACCUGUACUUCCACCCAAGCCACCAGUAUAUCCACCCAAACCACCGGUAUAUCCCCCCAAACCUCCAGUACUUCCACCCAAGCCACCUGUAUAUCCACCCAAGCCUCCUGUAUUUCCACCUAAGCCUCCAGUACUUCCACCCAAGCCUCCUGUAUUUCCACCUAAACCUCCAGUACUUCCACCUAAGCCUCCAGUAUAUCCACCUUAUGUCCCCAAUCCACCAGUUGUUCCUCCAGUAGUGCCUAAACCACCACCAACACCAUUGCCACCAGUGGUACCAAUACCCCCAGUGGUGCCUAAACCACCACCAACACCAAUAUCACCGGUGGUGCCAAACCCACCAGUUGUUCCAAAGCCACCUCCAACUGAAACCCCUUGUCCUCCACCACCACCACCUGAAACCCCAUGUCCUCCACCACCUCCUAUUGUGACUCCACCACCACAAGAAACAUGUCCCAUUGACACUCUAAAGCUAGGUGCAUGUGUGGACGUGUUAGGUGGGCUUGUUCACAUAGGAAUUGGUAGUAGCGCUAAGGAUGCAUGCUGUCCAGUGCUACAAGGACUUGUGGACCUGGAUGCUGCUGUAUGCCUUUGCACCACUAUAAAAGCUAAGCUUUUGAAUAUUAGUAUCGUCAUUCCCAUUGCUCUUGAAGUCCUAGUUGAUUGUGGCAAGACUCCACCACAAGGGUUCAAAUGUGCCUAAUUUAAGGUGCUUGGUAUGCUUUUGCAGAAAAUAACGUGUGAGAGAGGUUAUUUAAAUCAAAUGUACUAAUAGAAUUUGUGUGUUCAUCUUUCGUUCAUCUCAUUGUGUAUCAAAUCGAUAUGCUGGGGAUAAUAAAUGUUUAGUGGGAUAAUGCUUAUCAUGUUUUGUACUUAAUUUGCAACCCUGUUUUGAGUUAAAAACUUUAAUUUCAUCUAGAAAAUGACUCAUUUGAAAU